UUGUGUUUAUAUCAAAAGGUGAAGGUCGUGGGAUCGGAAAAUGUCAACAAAGAAUUACCAAAGUCCAAAUCAACCACUUUAACCUCUUAAACGACUCUUUUGAUCGCUAUAUUACUCAGUUUUACAUCUUUUUGUCUCAUGGCUUGAUGUUACUGACUCAUGACACUCAUCAUGUUGUCUGUAUCAGUGAAAACUGUUCUGAUUUUCCUUGUAAUUUUGGUGCCUGGUUUUUACGUUGCAAGUGGGAGUAAGUGUACAAAUGUACUCAAGAAGACAGAGGUGUUAGAAGUGGUGGUAAAGGAACCAUGUAUACAGAAGUACACUGCAAGAUGUGGCUGGCUAAGUCUCAAUUACUGUACAUUCUAUCACAACACACAUUGUGAUAAGAAGGUGAAUGAGACAAUAGAGAAAUAUUAUGUGAAAACAGAUUGCUGCAAAGGUUUCUUCAUGGCAAUGAAUGGAACCUGUAUUGAGAAGAAACCAGGUGUUGUAUAUCACGAUAUUAAGCCAACUCCUCAAGUUUCUGUCAGUUCUGCAGUUGAUCCUAAUCACAAGGAACUUGUGAUUCUGGGACAGAAGACAGAAAAGAAAGUAAAGAUGGAGAUAUCGGGCGGAGGGUAUGCUGGUAUAGCAUGUGGACUUGUUUUAAUUAUAACCAUUGCAGCUUUCAUUUUUAUAGCAGUACAAAAAAGGAAAAAGAAAAAACAGUCAAUGAAAACUCACAUGGCAAACCAGGUCAUAUAUGAAGCAGGAAAUCAACCUAUAGUGAGGAAUGCUGGGAGCUCAAGGACUCCUAGUGUUCAGUUUUCAAGAAGUUCAAGGGAAGCAACUCCAUCAUCAUCAAGGAUGGUAACUCCGCCUACUUCUCCCACUUCUCCCAUAAAGACAACAGUUCCUGUAGAGCAACCAUUGAUAAAUAAAACUUUGACAGAAGAUGAUAUCCCAGAGUCAAAUGUCUAGUCAUAUGGUAUCACAUUUAUAUUUUAAUAUGAUUGUUUUUCUUAUUUUUCCCUAGUACUGAUCAUUUUCUUUAUGUAUUUUCAUUAUUGAAACAAUUUCAUUUGCAAAGUUUCAUAGACAUUUUUUCACCUCUUUAACAGUUUUAGAUAUGACCUUAAAUUUAGGAUUUAACAAUUCUACUUCUUCACUGUCUCCACACAUCUGUAUAUAAUGUUCAGGGUCUAUCAUAUGAAAAAUAUCCUGUUUUGCUUAGUUGCCAUUUUUAUUCUUUUUAGAAAGAGAAGAAAUUUGUGAAUUGUAAGUUAAGCUUUUUAAAUUGACAGUUAAAGGGAUUUAAAGGGGUUUUAACUUUAGAUAAAGUUUUUAGAUAUCACAAUUGGUUUAUUUAUAAGAAUUGAUAUUGUUGAUUAUUAUAAUAAACACACCAGAAAAAAGUUAAACAUAACUUCAUAUCAUAUUGUAAUUAGGAGUAAAGUGUGAUUGUUUACUGCCGCUUAUAUGACAAAAGAUAUAACUACUAUGUGUCAAUGUCAAUAAAUCAUACUUUCAAAUAUUGAUGAUCAUAGGUGAUAAAUAGUGUGUAGAAAAAUCUUGUCAAGCCAGGUCAGACAUUACACAGGAGAUAUAUAUUGGAAUUCAAGUU